AGUUUUUGAUCUGUGCCUCAGGAAAAAGUUUCAAGGCGCACAGCAACUUCCUCUCGUCUCUUCCUCCUCAUUUUCUGCGACUAACCAAAGGACAUCUCUUUCCAUUUUCGCUGACUAGGAGUUGGAGGAAUGAUAGGUUUGUCAACAGAGAGCAGUCACAUGGUGGUCAAUGUAGAUGGACUUAUGCCACCGGUGCCAUCUCCGCCAGUUAAUGCGGAGGUCGAAAAUAUAAGAGAAGAGUCGACGGUGGUGGUUAAUGAUAAGGCAAUUGAUAUUUCAGAUGACGAGGGUCAGGAGAAUGAGCCGCUCAUUGCUUCUGCGGAGUGUCGUAUUUGUCAGGACGAGUGCCCUAUCAAGACUCUCGAGAGCCCUUGUGCUUGCAGUGGUAGCCUCAAGUAUGCUCACAGAAAAUGUGUUCAGCGUUGGUGCAAUGAAAAGGGAAACAUCAUAUGCGAAAUUUGCCAUCAGCCUUACCAACCUGGAUACACCGCUCCACCACCUUCUCCUCAGCCUGAAGAAACCACUAUUGACAUUGGUGGAGGAUGGACAAUCUCAGGUUUGGAUUUGCAUGAUCCUCGCCUUCUUCCCAUUGCAGAAGCUGAACGUCGCUAUUUAGAGUCUGAAUACGUUGAAUAUACUGCUUCAAGUGCCAGUGGAGCUGCCUUUUGUCGCUCAGCUGCCCUAAUAUUAAUGGCACUUCUUCUCUUACGUCAUGCAUUGACCAUAACAAGCGAUGAUGGAGAAGACGAGGAUGACCCAUCUAACAUACUAUCUCUCGUCUUGCUCCGAGCUGCUGGAUUUCUUCUUCCUUGCUAUAUCAUGGCUUGGGCGAUCAGUAUCCUACAACACCGAAGGCAAAGGCAGGAAGCUGCAGCUUUGGCUACACAGUUUGCAUUGGUGCUUCAGUCAGGUCAACCUAGAACAGUUCACUUCACGGUGGCACCAGAACCACCAUCACCCUCCAUGGCUACUGCAACUACGUCUACACAACAACCUGAAGAGCCAGUCUGAUUCUUCUGACUCAUAAGCAUACAAGGUACCAAGUGAAUCGAGUGGAGACUUGAUGUCUCUAAAUUUUAGAAUGUAUGAGUGAAGGAAAAUCAUUUGAGCUGUAACCAAAAAUGUCACUAGUUUUUUUUCACAAAUUUGUAAAUUCUGUUUUACUAUCUUCCAUAUAUUGUCUUGAGAUUUAAUUGUUGAAAC